AGUCACUUGUAGAUCGCACGCACUUUUCGCUGAAGGGACAUCUCGCCAGCAAACAGCUUCAACAUGAACUCCUUGAUCGUAUUCUGCGUGUUGUCUCUGGCCGCUUUGACCAUCGCGCGUCCUGACGGCGCCACAUACACCGACAAGUAUGACAAUGUAGACCUGGAUGAGGUACUCUCCAACCGUCGGCUGUUAGUGCCUUAUGUUCACUGCUUGCUCGAACAGGGCAAGUGUGCUCCCGACGCCAAGGAGCUCAAAGAACACAUCAGGGAAGCUCUUGAGAACGCUUGCGGCAAAUGUACUAACGCCCAACAGAGUGGAACCCGCCGCGUCAUCGGACACCUGAUCAACAAGGAGCCAGAGUUCUGGAAGCAGCUGAACGCCAAGUACGACCCCAACAACAAGUACACGAAGAAGUACGAGAAGGAACUCAAGGAAGUUCAAGAAGAACACCAUUACAUCAACAUGAACUCUGCUAUCGUACUAUGCGUGGUGGCGCUGGCCGGCAUGGUGCUCGCGCGCCCUGAUGACACCUACACCACUAAGUACGACAACGUAGACCUGGACGAGAUCCUCGGCAAUGACCGUCUGCUGGUGCCUUACAUCAAGUGCACGCUUGACGAGGGCAAGUGCGCGCCCGACGCUAAGGAACUCAAGGAACACAUCAGGGAAGCCUUGGAGAACGGUUGCGCCAAGUGUACUGACAAGCAGAAGGAGGGAACCCGCCGCGUCAUCGCUCACCUGAUCAAGCACAAGCUCGAGGAGUGGGAGAAGCUGAAGGCCAAGUACGACCCCGAGGGCAAGUACACGCACAAGUACGAGAAGGAGCUCGAAGAAGUCAAAAACGCCUAG